AUGGCUAGUGUCGACAUCAAGCCACUUAGCGUGGACGAAUUUGAAGCGCAUGCGAAGGCGUACCUUCCUAAAGCGACACUGGACUACUAUGUCUCCGGCGCCGACGAUAUGAUCACGCUCAAGGAGAACCGCGUGGCCUUCCAGCGGCUCAAGCUCAUGCCGCGCGUCCUUCGCGAUGUGCGGCACAUUGAUACGUCCACGACAGUGCUUGGCCAGCGCAUCAAGACCCCCGUGUGCAUUGCGCCAUCAGCCAUGCAACGCAUGGCUCAUCCUGACGGCGAGUUGGCAAGCACCCGCGCCGCCUCCGCUGCUGGCGCAUGUUACAUCCUCAGCACGAUCUCCACCACGAGUCUCGAAGAUGUCGCGGCCGCCAACGGGCCCGAUGGGUUGCGAUGGUUCCAACUGUACAUCUUCAAGGACCGUGACCUCACGCGCAGCUUGGUGGAACGAGCCGAGCGUGCUGGCUUCAAGGCGUUGGUACUCACCGUGGACACACCCAUCUUGGGCAACCGCCAGGCCGAUCUCCGCAACGGCUUCAAAUUGCCAUCGCAUCUCCACUUGGGCAACUUUGCCGGCGGACGUCACGCCACGGGCAUCAACGAAGCGGGGCUGUCCGCGUACGCGACCGAGCUGUUCGACACCAACCUGACGUGGCAGGACGUGGCGUGGUUGAAGUCCAUCUCGUCUCUUCCUGUGGUCGUCAAGGGGGUGCUCACGCCCGAAGAUGCUGUCUUGGCAUGCGACGUCGGUUGUGCCGGUAUCCUCGUGUCCAACCAUGGCGCCAGGCAAUUGGAUACGGUCCCCGCCACGAUCGAAGCUUUGCCGGCGAUUGUCGCGGCAGUCCAAGGCCGCGCCGAAAUUUACUUGGACGGCGGCGUCCGUCGAGGCACGGACGUGUUCAAGGCUUUGGCGAUGGGUGCACGGUGUGUGUUCCUAGGGCGACCCGUGCUGUGGGGGCUAGCGCAUAGCGUACGGACUUUGUAUUGCUUGCAUUUAGAUACAUACUACUAUUAAUAGCCAUUCAUAUGUUGGUGGUUAAUACGCGCCUUGUAGGGCCAAGCUGGGGUCCAACAUGUGCUCGAGAUCCUAACCAACGAGUUGGCGCAUGCGAUGAUGUUUUCAGCCACUACGACCAUCCCCGCAAUCACCCCUGCCUACGUCAAGCACGAAUCGAGCUUUCGCCAGCCCACGUCACACUUGUAGACUUCAACAAGAACGCAGUUAUUUUUGGGGGGGAUGUGACGACAAAUUGCCGCAUGAAUGGAGAGAGUAUGGGAAAAAUAAUUGUCAAUUAAAUACUGAAAAUAAUUCAUUGCAAGGCGCUCGUCAUGUGCUGCGAGAUCCAG